CCCUUCCAGGCCGGUUUAGUCCGAGGAGGCGGGGUUUGUCGGGGCUGCGCAGGCGUCUCCUACACCCUGUUGAUUAGUCAGAGGACUAAGUGCUGCUAUGGCGUUUCAUACUGUCGGCAGAAAGGCAGUAACAGCAGCGAGGGAAACGCAAGGAGACGAGAAAGAGAGACAAGGGCCAAAGCGAGCAGCGUUUCUCAGCUUCCAUCAGAACCUGUCCCGGUAGUGGCACUGGCUGACCCGCAACUGACCAUGCGUCCUGGGGCGCACAGCCUGGAGCAGGGAACUAGCCACAGACUGGGCUAAAGUCCUUCCCAGCGCUACCCGGGGCACCCGUACAGUGCAGCAGCCCCUCUAGAAAGGAUGGAACCCCCUGUCCCCCCUCUGAAGGAUGUCAAGUGGAGCUCGGCCUCCUUCCCUCUGGACCUGCUUGUGAGCUCCUAUCGGCUACCCCAGCUUGCCCGGGCAGACUGCGCAGGAGAAAACAUUGAAGGCUUGCGGGAGAAUGACUGUCUCUUGAUUCACUCCUGUCGGCAAUGGACAACCAUCACUGCUCACAGUUUAGAAGAGGGGCAUUAUGUCAUUGGUCCAAAGAUUGAGAUUCCUGUGCAUUAUGGAGGGCAGUUUAAGCUGCUGGAACAGGACCGGGAUAUAAAGGAGCCAGUACAGUAUUUUAACAGCGUGGAGGAGGUGGCAAAAGCAUUUCCUGAGCGAGUAUACGUCAUGGAGGAAAUAACAUUUAAUGUUAAGGUAGCUUCAGGAGAGUGCAAUGAAGAUACUGAGGUUUACAAUAUUACGCUGUGCACUGGGGAUGAGCUAACAUUAAUGGGGCAGGCAGAAAUUCUUUAUGCAAAAACAUCCAAGGAGAAGUCCCGACUCAAUACCAUUUUUAAGAAGAUUGGAAAGCUGAACUCGAUCAGCAAACUGGGCAAAGGCAAAAUGCCCUGCCUCAUAUGCAUGAACCAUAGAACGAACGAAAGCAUCAGCCUCCCGUUUCAGUGUAAGGGAAGGUUCAGCACUCGCAGCCCUCUGGAGAUUCAGAUGCAGGAAGGAGAACACACGAUACGCAACAUUGUGGAGAAAACAAGAUUGCCCGUAAAUGUAACUGUGCCUAGCCCACCCCCUAGAAAUCCCUAUGACCUUCAUUUCAUACGGGAAGGGCAUCGGUACAAAUUUGUCAACAUCCAGACCAAGACUGUUGUAGUUUGCUGUGUGUUACAGGGCAAUAAAAUAAUCCCCAUGCAUUUUCCAUUGCAUUUAUCAGUCCCAAAGUUUAGCCUUCCAGAAAAUCUCGUCAAGGGAGAAGUGUGGCAAGACUCUGUAGUGCAGCACUGGUACAACACAUGCCAAGAACAAUUUGAUAUAGAAGAAUACUCUCGGGCAGUGAGGGAUGUGAAAGCAGACUGGAGUGAAGAGUGCAAAAGCCCUAAAAAGACAUGGUGUUCUGGCCACAGCCAUAUACCAAAUUCCCUCAGUUACGCUCGGGAUGAACUGACUCAGUCAUUCCAUAGGCUUUCAGUUUGUGUCUAUGGAAACAAUCUUCACGGAAACAGUGAGGUGAAUCUGCAUGGCUGCAGAGAUCUUUGCGGGGAUUGGGCCGUUUUUCCUCAAGAUUCCCCACAGUAUCAGGACUCGUGUGAUAGUGGAAGUGAUUACCUUUUCCCUGAAAGCAGUGAAGAACUAACAAGUCUACCAGCCAAGCCAGAACUUCCUUAUGAGGAGUUAUGGCUAGAACAAGGAUCAGUUAAAAGGAGUGCGCAGCCUCUCACACGGUCACAAAGUGAGAAAAACAAAUGUGAUCCAUUCAGAGGUUCACUUCCCUCUCGGUGCGGCACGUCAUCUCUUCCCUCUCCUGGAUCUCUUCUGACAACUAAGAGUUUGGAUGUAUCCCUACCUCCACCUCCAGUGCCUCCAAAAUCUGAAGCUGUAAAAGAAGAAUGCAGACUUCUGAAUGCUCCGCCUGUGCCUCCACGCAGUUCCAAGCCAUCAUCCCCCACUCCAUCUGUUUCACCAGCGGCUGGAAAAAUUGCACGGCAGCAAACAAGAUCCCCCAGCCCUACCCUUUCUUACUAUUCAUCAGGUCUGCAUAGCAUAGGCAUCACGGAAAGUGAAACGACCAACUCGUCAGAUAAUUCUCAAGUUUCCUGCUAUCCAUGUAACUGGAUAAAAAACGAAAGCGUUGGUCUUGAAAGCGAUUUAACUUGUGGUAGCACAUCGUCAGAAGCCCUGCCUUCCCGAUUAUCCUGGCCAAACCGAUAUUGUGGUGGGGCAGAAGGCCUUAACGUGAAUGAUUUACCUAUGGAUCAGUGUCGCAGUUAUUAUAGUUACCCUCGACAAAAGACACCAGGAACACCAAAGAAAAAUUGUCCAGCUCCAUUUGACUUUGGUGGCUGUGGUUCUUUUACUGGGUGCAACCAGGUGGCACAAGGUGACCUCUCAGACAUUGUCCCAGGCUGUCCAAAGUCUGCAAGCUACUCACUAGAAAGUUCCACUGAUAGAAUGAUAUCUGACAAUAGCACGAAACAAAGCUUGUCAUGUCCUGCCUUACCACCUCGUGCACCAAAAUCCAGUGAAGGCAAUGCUCUCUUGGAACCCUUGUCUCUGCCUAUGAAGAUUGAUGGAGCCGAAGAGGAAAUUCAGACUUGCUCUCCAGACUUUUCAGAAGAACAUUAUCUUGCUAAAAAGGGUGUUCAGGAUAUUUUCUCUAUUUCCUACCCAUUCUCCUCACCACUUCACAUGCAGCUAGCUCCUAGGUCUUGCGGGGAUGGGUCUCCUUGGCAACCACCAACUGAUCUUUCAGGACUCUCGGUUGAAGAGGUGUCAAAAUCCCUUCGAUUCAUUGGUUUGUCAGAGGACGUGGUGUCAUUUUUUGUUUCGGAAAAAAUUGAUGGAAAUUUACUUGUCCAGCUAACAGAAGAAAUACUCUCAGAGGACUUUAAGUUAAGCAAGUUACAGGUGAAAAAAUUAUUACAAUUUAUUAACGGCUGGCGACCGAAGAUGUAGUCAUUGGGGUACUACAAAGGGUACUGAUCAAAGCUUUUUAGCACUUGUCAAAGUGCUAGUGUUAUUUGUACAAUCUGCAAAUGUUUUGCACUAAGGAGUAGUCUUGACUGUAUAUUAUCCUACAAAAGAAGAAACACUUACUAUGCAGUGAAAGGUACGAGUGGAUGAAUCAAUUAGUACUGUAUCUCAAUGCAAACAUUGUAAAACAACACUCACAGUGUGCCUUGGGCAUCACUGAAUACUAAGCAGCUGCUACAAUAUUUUAAGUUAAAGGGAAAUAACAUUUAUAAGCUUCAUAUAAACCUGUCAUGUAUAUUAGGAGCCAAAGCUUAAGAGAUAAAGUAAGAUGUAACCAGUUGGCCACAAUGGUAGCCAGCUUAGUAGGUUUCCCUCUAAAGGGUCAUGAUGGAGCACUUCUGUUUAAUUACAUUCAUUGUCCAGUACUGGUGACUUACCUUCUAAUAACGAAUUUAGAGAAUUAGAAUUCAGAUUUUAUCAGCAGUUGCCAUGGCAGAAUUCUACAUUUAGAUUCUGUUCUAAAAUGUUUUACUUCAACACGCUCAAGCUGUACUUUAAUGGGCCUUGCCCUUAACCAAAAAGCUUUUAUAGAAACCUAAAGCUGGCCGUAAACAUUGAGAUUUUUCCCUAACAACCAGUUUAGUGUGAUCCGAGAAAUCCAUCAAAUUAUCAUAAGGUGGGCACUGAGCGAUCGUACAUAUAGCUAUUUUUCAUCCAUCAGUCAGAGAAUGGAACAUUUUCAUUGUUAAAAAUGACAUUUACCCAUUGUCAGUUUGUUUGCAGGACCAGGCAGGUAGUUCUCCUAGUUUCAACUAGACGAUUUUGCUUGAAAUGGCUGUUUUAUGUUGGUGGACAAACCGUACUUUUAAACGAUAGUUUCAGGAUAAGCUUGGUCCUAUGAUAAUGUAUGGCCUUAGCCAAGUCUCCCGUUGGUCCUAUGAUAAUGUAUGGCCUUAGCCAAGUCUCCCGUUGGUCCUAUGAUAAUGUAUGGCCUUAGCCAAGUCUCCCGUUGGUCCUAUGAUAAUGUAUGGCCUUAGCCAAGUCUCCCGUUGGUCCUAUGAUAAUGUAUGGCCUUAGCCAAGUCUCCCGUUGGUCCUAUGAUAAUGUAUGGCCUUAGCCAAGUCUCCCGUUGGUCCUAUGAUAAUGUAUGGCCAGCUUUAGCUAAGUCUCCCAUUGGCCAGCCCUGCUAUUUCUGAAGGGAUAAUGAAGGCACAAUAGAGGGUGACAUUACUCAGAGAAGGUGUAUUACUGCAUCCUAAGAAUGGAACUGCUGCAUUGUGACAGGCACAGCUAGGUUUUUAUCUGGUGGCCCCAUUAGGUUUCAGGUAUAGCAGUAACUAAUAAAGUGCGGUUUUAACAUAGCGUUCCUUUCAUGUCCUAUUUUUAUGAUUAAAAUGUACGUAAUGACACAGAACAAAACCACUACCUGAGAUUUAGCAGCUCUUAUUGUGGUACAGCAAUGUCAUUCAUAAACAAUGUAUGUUUUCUUGUAUAUAUAAAUGUGUAUAAUAUAUAAACUUAUUUUCACUCAGUA